AUGGCUUUUUAUGCCGUAAUAUUACCUAAAUUACUGGUGCUAUUUUGUCUUCUUAGUAUUAUUGAUAGAAUUGAUACCCAAUAUGGCAAAUUGAUCGUUCAAGGAAAAAAUGAAGCACCACCGCAUGAAAAGAAACCGAUCGCUCGAAAAUUUUUUAUUCCUAUGCGUACAAUUAAUCAAAGAAGUGAAAGUGUUGAGAAGAAUGAAAAAUCUCAUCUCAUCCAAAAGUUGCCACCAAUAUUAAAUCUUGAUAAAAAUCGAUCUGCAUCUGGACAGCAUUUAACGCUUUCCGAAGGAAAAAAUUCGGAAAGUACAAUCGGAACCGAGACAAAUGAUCGAUCUAAUCCAGCAAACACAUUUAAGGCAGUAUCUUUGCUGGCACACUUACACUCAAUGUCACUAGCUAAUGACUUUCAGUCAAAUGCUCGACAGCAUGAUAAGGGCUACAAUAAAGAAAACGGGGCGAUUGAUAUCGAGAAUAAAAAUUCAGGAUCCCAGAAGCACAAUGAUGUCGUGGACAAUCAGUAUCACAACACUGGAAAGUCGCAUUUGAAUAUGAGAGAUAUAUCGGAAAUCGACAAUUUUACUUUGAAAUUGAAAAAGUUGAUUGAGAAAUCAGUAAGUGGUGCUCUACGUCGAAAUCCACGACAUGGCCAUCCAUACGAUCUCAAACAAAAUAAUCAUUCUCCUCCAACUUAUGCACAAAAUGAGACUUCGACGAAUGAUGUUACUAAAGAUGGAAAAGAGCUGAAAAUAACUGGGACGAUGAGUGUGGAAUAUUCUUCCGAAUUCGCUAAUAGUUCAGAUUUCAGAAGCUCGCCGGAACCAAAAACUGAGAGUGGACAAGAAAAUGGGGUAUCUCUGAAGAAAAAACAAUCAGCUUCAUCAAAUACCUCAAUAGACAAUAUCACAGAAAACGUAUUUGGAGAACAGUUAAACGGAAAUAUUACAAAUGAAACGGUGACUAUGGAAAGUUAUUCUGAAAAUAAUGAGGAUUUGGAUUCACAGACACGAGAACCUCAAAUUAAAAUCGAUGAUGAUAAUAUAACUGAUGACUUCGAUCAGGAUGGUAUCAAAGAAGUAUCAAUCUUAUCAAAUAAUUAUAAAGAAAAAAUUAUCUAUGCAUCAAAAUCUCUCGAAGAGGAGCCAGAAAAAGAUGAAUCUGACUUUCAAAAUAAUGCUCCAAUGAUGGAUUUUAAAAGAGCGCGACAACCAUCAGUAAAAAUAUUAGAGAAGAAGAGUGAUAAAGAUGAUGUUAAGAUGUUGAAAAUUGCUAGUACUCAGGCGAAUGCUGCUGGAAUACUACUAUACGGCCUUCAUCCAGUCCUCAUUUUUCCACUCCUGAAAAACUUGAUAUCCUCAUUCUAA